GUCACCGUCACACGGUGCAGUAAACGCCCACAGGUGCCCCAACGAUACACGAUAAUAAACGAGCUCGAAACCGAUGUUUUAUCGCGAGCGUGAUGCUGAUGUUGUGGAGCUAACAUGCUAACGUGUUCCCUUAGCAGGGAGGAGAGAGGCACCUGCCCUGGCAGAGGCUUCACUUUUACCCAGAGUUCUUGUGGAAUGGCAGCAGUUUGGCAGCAGGUUUUGGCAGUGGAUGCGAGGUACAAUGCUUACCGCACGCCUACAUUCCCACAGUUCCGAACUCAGUACAUCCGCCGACGCAGCCAGCUGCUCAGAGAGAACGCCAAGUGUGGCUUCGAGCCAGGGCUGCGCAAACAGUACCUGAGGCUGCGCAGUCAGCUGCUGGGGCAGCGCUACGGACCACUGUCUGAGCAGAGCAGCUUCAGGGCCAGCAGUGUGCGCAGCUCCCGCACCACUCUGGACCGCAUGGAGGACUUCGAGGAGGACCCUCGCGCCCAGGGGGCCCGUGGUCACCGGCGGUCCGUCAGCAGGGGCUCCUACCAGCUGCAGGCUCAGAUGAACAGAGCCGUCUACGAUGAGAGACCUCCAGGCAGCCUGGUGCCCACCUCGGUGGCCGAGGCCAGUCGUGCCAUGGCUGGAGACACGACUCUGAGUGAAAAUUAUGCUUUCGCCGGCAUGCACCACAUAUUUGACCAACAUGUGGACUCUGCUGUCCCACGGCUCCAGUUUGCCAACGAUGACAAACACCUGCUGGCCUGCUGCUCUCUGGACGGCUCCUUGUCCAUCAUGACGCUGUCUCCUUCUCCGCCCACUGUAAAGGUGACACUGAAAGGCCACGCGGGGCCCGUCACGGACUUCGCGUGGUCUCUGAGCAACGACAUCAUCGUGUCAACGUCGCUGGACGGGACGCUGCGCAUCUGGAACACGGAGGACGGACGUUGCAUCCGGGAGGUCAGAGACCCGGAAUCCAGUGAGCUGCUGUGCUGCACCUUCCAGCCGAUGAACAACAACCUGACGGUGGUGGGGAACAGCAAGCACCACCUGCAGGUGGUGAACAUCUCCACGGGGAAGAAGGUGAAGGGCGGCUCCAGUAAGCUGACCGGUCGAGUCCUGUCUCUGUCCUUCGACGCUCCGGGCAAGAUCCUGUGGGCCGGAGACGACCGGGGGAGCAUCUUCUCCUUCCUGUUUGACAUGGCCACAGGGAAGCUGACCAAAGCCAAGCGUCUGGUGGUGAACGAAGGCAGCUCCAUCUGCAGCAUAUCCGCCCGCUCCUGGAUCAGCCGCGAGGCCAGAGACCCCUCCCUGCUAGUCAACGCCUGCGUCAAUAAGCUGCUGUUGUACCGGGUGGUGGACAACGAGGGCGCGCUGCAGCUGAAGAGGAGCUUCCCCAUACAGCACGGCUCCCAGCUGGUCCACAGCAUCUUCUGCCCCCUCAUGUCGUUCAGACAGGGCGCCUGUGUGGUGACCGGCAGCGAGGACGCCUGCGUCUACUUCUUUGACGUGGAGCGUAACACCAAGGCCAUCGUGAACAAGCUGCAGGGCCACGGCGGUCCGGUGCUGGACGUCAGCUUCAACUGCGACGAGAGUUUACUGGCGUCGGCCGAUUCCACCGGCAUGGUCAUCGUGUGGAGGCGGGAGCAGAAGUAAAUCGUCCAUCUCUUCCAAUGCUGCCCCCUAGUGGUCCAUGAAGAUUCUUCAGUUGAAUGUAACUGUUGCCGUUAAACGUGUAAUGACACUAAAGUGCAAUCAGAUAGAACACCCUGCUGUGUACGUAGUAGAAGAUAAUUUAAAAAAAAUGUGUGUUGAAUAUAUGUGUUUGUGUGUGUGAGAAAGAGAGAGAGAUAGAGAGAGAUAGACCACACAUAGAGCUGCAGAUGAGAAAUUGCUUGUUUAAAAAAAAACAAAACAAACAGCACUACUCCCAUGCAUGUGUCAUGACUUCACCUCCGAUUCACUCAGAAAUGACUGGAUGCAUGUGAGAGAGCACGACAGCUUCCUUCCGGCCACACCCUCCACGGACACCUCCCCCCCGCCCCCUGGCGUAGCCGCUGCCGUCACACUUUUAAUCAAUCUUUAUGAAAGCGUCCGUCAGCAGCGUGAUCCAACUCUGUAGCGUGGCCUUAUUUGCCUUCAGUCCUGCCGUCGUCUGCUGUGCAUGAAAUUUUACCCAGAAUCCCUCAUCAUCCUGAGCGUACCAGUGUGGGUUUUAUCUGUGCGUGCGUGUAUGUGUGUGUGUUCGUGUACUUUACUCAAAAUGUGUGUAUUUUCCAUUUAUUAUAGCUGCACAUUCAUAUGUUAUUUAAUACACGUUCAAAAUAAAUUAAUCUUACUGU